UGACUUGCUCCUCGGAGUUCGCCCCGGACGUAGUGUCCUUGCGUAGUGUGGUCUGGCUGCUGCGCGGGAGCAGAGGGCAGCUAGGGUGAACCGUGCCUCCAUCCUCCCGUGGGCCUCGACCCCGGACAAUGUACGCAGAAGGGGGCGGACGCAGCCCCGGAGCCGUCGGGGCGGUACCUUCCUGCAUCGGCUUGGAGGGUGCCGAGUCCCUAAGGCCAGUGAACGCCUGUGCUGGAGCUCAGGGCAACGGAUCUCAAUCUGGAAGCCAAGAGAGCAGCUCCGGGAGCCUGGACACCAUGGAGGUGCCGGCGGGGGCGGCGCUGGCUUUGAGGCUGUUGAUCGCCGCGGUGUACCUGGCAGUGUGUGCGGUGGGCCUGGUGGGCAACGUGCUGGUGAUGGUGCUGGUGCGGGCGCGGCAGAAACGCCGGCCGUCGGCCUUGAAUUGCUUCGUUCUCAACUUGGCGGCCACCGACUUCCAGUUCGUGCUGACCCUGCCCUUUUGGGCGGUGGACACGGCGCGAGACUUCAGCUGGCCCUUCGGGAGCGCCAUGUGCAAGAUCGUGCUUUCGCUGACGGUGCUCAACAUGUACGCUAGCGCUUUCUUCCUCAGCGCCAUGAGCAUAGCUCGCUACUUCACUGUGGCGUGCGCCUUGCGCCGCCACAGCCUCGACAGCGGAGGGUCUGUUUGCUGUGGGCGGGCCACCCCGGGCUGGGUGUGUGGCCUGCUCUGGGUCGCCGCCUCCCUGGCCACAGCGCCCACGGCCCUCUUUUCCACCGUGGCCAGCGUGGCCGGCGAGCGGCUCUGCCUGCUCCGCUUCCCCGACGGCGGCUGGGACUGGCUGGCUCUGUACCACGUGCAGAAGAUAACUGUAGCCUUCCUGCUGCCCCUGGCCACCCUGUCCGCCUGCUAUCUGCUGCUGGUGCGCUUCGUGCGCAGCCGGCCCCGGCCUUGGCUCCGAGGAGCCGCCCCCGGCUCGUCGGGGACCCCUAGCAGUUCUAGGGGGUCCUCACGCGUGACCCGCUCCGUGACCGUGGUUGUGCUCGCCUUCUUCCUCUGCUGGCUGCCCAAUCAUGCCAUCACUCUGUGGGGCGUGCUGGUCAAAUUCAACGCCGUGCCCUGGGACCGGGCCUACUACCUGGUGCACAGUUACCUGUUCCCGGUGACCAUCUGCCUGGCGCACGCCAACAGCUGCCUCAACCCCUUGCUUUAUUGCCUGCUGCGCCCGGAAUUCCGGCAGCUGUUGUGGGAGCUGUGCUGCCGUCGCUGCCGGCGGGACCGUCUCUUGUCCACCCGAUCAGCCAAGGGAGGGCCCGCGAGCUCUGCCCCGGGACCGGCCCCGAGGCAGUGGAGGAGCUCGAGCCGCAGCGAGUCACCGCAGCCGUUGGACUGAGCCGGAGCCCGGGAAAUCCCGCGACCUGGGCCAGAAGGGAGGGAAAGACAGCCGCCUGCAGAGCUUUGGGGAUCAGGACCAAGGAGAGAGGGCAGCAGGUUUCCCAGGGGAAAGUUAGAGCUGGACAGAAAUGCAGAGGUCAGGGAACCAAGCCUUCCACUUUUAGAUGAGCAAACUACGGCCAGAGCGGGGGAAGAUGUUUACUUAAGGUCUCACCACUAGCCAAUAGAAGUCUUCUAACGCCAGGUCCAGCGCUCCUUUCAUCUCCCUGCCUCCCUCUCCUCCCUGUUGGGGCGCCAGUCUGUGGCCGGGCUGGGUGAAGAUGGGAGCCCCCGGAGGGAUGGGUUUCGGGGUAGGGGCUACGAAGGAAGAGAUUACCUGGACAGUCGUGUUUUCCUGACGUCGGGGCACUUCAGAGCCUGGGCUCCCAGGGCUUGAGGCACUCAUCACCUGCAGCCCUGUCAUCCGGUGACACAUUUGUCAUAUGUUUAUUUUCUUUUUAAUCGAUUAAGAUUUAUAGUCUGGGAAAUCGGUGCUUUGUUUUUGUGUGGGUCUAGCGGGGUGUGGAGGAGGGAGCUCAUGGGUUGCAUCCAUUAACUAAGCAUAUUGAUUGCGGAGAAACUCCAAGCAUGAAAAGCAUGCCUCAAGGGAAAGGGGAAGGCAAUUUGGAGCCUCUGGUGGGUUCCAGCAUUUCUGACUGCAUCAUCUUAUACAUCCAUAAAAGAAAAAACUCUCCUGAGACUUAAAGGGCAUAAAUAGGACCACCGGGACCAUCAAGCUAGUCCACCUCCCAGGAUUGCCAGACUGGAAAUUUCUUCUUGGUACUAGCAUGUUCUCAAUUUCUUCAUGUGUGCUAUAAGUGGAACAACUGGACUGAGGCUCUGGGACCAAGGACUUUCUCCAUGUGAGGCAUCUGGAAUAGCUACAGUCUAUUCUUUUGAACCUCUGAAGCAACAUUUUUCUGGAACGUGGUUCUAAAAUUGGGAUCUAAACGGGUUUUUAAGGUGUAGCUGUAAGCUGGCUCCUUGUGGUCAAAUCAGAUUAAAUGGAUGAAUUUA